GAAUUGGUGGUAUAUUCAACUUUUGAGUACCGACAUUGUGGUAGAAAGGCCAACUCUGUCUCUCUCUCUCUCACAGUCACCGACACGACGCGGACUGAACGGGUGACGGCGACCCCAAUCUCCCAUGUUCCCUCUGCUUUCAAACUGAAAAAGGUUUUAGAGAUUUAUCAGAACCGAUAUAGUAUAACCCAAAGCACAGGACAUGGGAGAGAGUUCCGCACCUUCCGGUUACAAAGAGUAUCUCGCGGGCCUGCUCGCUGGUGUUGCAACCGUCAUCACCGGUCACCCCUUCGAUACUGUCAAGGUGAAGUUGCAGAAACACAAUACUGAAGUGCAUGGGAUUAAAUACAGGAAUGGUUUGCAUUGCACUGCUAGGAUACUUGCAACAGAAGGGGUUAGAGGACUUUAUACAGGGGCAACAUCAUCUUUUGUUGGAGUGGCUUUUGAAAGUUCGCUUCUUUUUGGCAUUUAUUCACAAACAAAACAGUCACUGCAGGGAGGAGUUCAGAGUACUGGACCUCAGCCCCAAGUAAUAAUUCCUUCAGCUGCUUUUGGUGGAGCUAUUAUAAGUUUUAUUCUAUGCCCAUCAGAGUUGGUGAAGUGUAGGAUGCAAGUUCAAGGCACUGACUCCGUGGUUCCAAAGUCCUGUAGCUACAGUAGUCCUCUAGAUUGUGCACUUAAAACCAUAAAAGGAGAUGGGGUUACAGGCAUCUUUCGUGGGGGCUCUACAACAUUGUUAAGAGAAUCUCUUGGAAAUGCGGUCUUUUUUAGUGUAUAUGAGUAUGUCCGUCAUUAUCUGCACUUACAGCUUAACACUGGUUCUUUUAACCAUAGCAACUUGAUUAAUAUGGGAAUUGGAAUUUUAAGUGGUGGUCUUGGUGGUGUAGCUUUCUGGUCAGCUGUUUUACCUUUGGAUGUAGCAAAAACCGUUAUCCAGACUGCUCCAGAUAAAAGCUCUCCAACAAAUCCUUUUCAAGUUUUAAAUUCGAUUUACCGGCGGGCUGGACUCAGAGGAUGCUACGCAGGAUUGGGUCCUACGAUAGUGAGAGCAUUUCCUGCUAAUGCAGCGGCAAUUGUCACCUGGGAGCUAGCCAUGAAGCUUCUCGGAAUAAAGAACGACUAAGGAAGCUGAUUCAUCUAAUUACAAGAGGCUUCUAACUUUUCGUUGUUAUUUUUUAACAUCGGUCUGAUCUUUUUCACUCACAUCUUGGCAUGGCUGAUCCUUGAGUCUAAUUGAUAUGAUCUCGAAGCUUGGUUUUUGUGGAAGAAAGGGUGCUUUGACUUGUUUAUGUAAUAAUGAUAAUUGAGCGGCUGAAACAACGGUGAUCUUGUUGAGUUAUCCCAAUUCUUUUCCAUGUCGGGUUCUUCGUGCCUUCCUAUUAGCAGUGCAGGAAGAAUUCCAUAGGUUUGUUGUUGUCUGGUUCAGGAUGCUCCUUAACCAAGCUUGGUCAAGAAACUAAUGGUUAGAACUUAAAAUUCCAAGAGUCUGUAGAAUAAACAUCGGACGUACAAAUUUGUGCAAGUCGAAUGCUGUAUCUUUUAUUGAUUGGGUACUGCCAUGAUCUGGUGGCCAUUGAAUUGCUCUAGGGUGUACAUUGUUGCAGUGGAACUGAUACCCACCUUCACCUUU